AUGUCAAACACAGCAAUAAUCAACACCAACAGCACAAUGGUGACUCCUGAAGAACAGUCUAAGUUUAGACCCCGCCGCCGCCAUCGCAAGUCGCGAAACGGCUGCUUAGAGUGCAAGCGGCGGAGAAUAAAGUGUGAUGAAAUGAAGCCGUCGUGCUCGCGAUGUAUCUUGAUGCUGCAGAAAUGCAUCUAUCCACCAACGUCACCCACAUCGCAACCCCAGGGAGAAACCCAGGGAGAGGCCCCUAAACAGCGCGAUGAGCGUGCUUUGUCUCUGCCAACCCCCAGUCCACGAAGCGCAUUAUCGCCAUCGCCGUCUUCAUCGCGAGAGACAUCGCGGCUGUCACCACCGCCUCAUGUCGAGCCCAGCCAUCACUUCAACUUCGACACGUCCGACACAGGGCUCUAUCACCACUAUCUGCAGCAUACCAGCCGCACGUUGACAGACAACCCGCGGGAUCUCCAUGCCCUGCAGAUAUGUCUGCCGACUCUGGCGCUGCGCAGUAAAACCGUCUUCCACUCCAUCCUGGCUGUCUCUGCGGCCUGCAUGUGCUACGACAUGGUCAACCAGGAGUUUCCUCCUGACGUCGGGGCGGUCAGCUACGUCCUGAUGACGGGAUACCGACACUACAACCUCGCCAGUGAGAAGUUACGAGAGUUGAUAUCUAGACCGAGCGCAUCCAAUGCAGAGCCUCUACUGGCAGCUCCUCCAUUGUUGGUUCCCUUUGUCACCUGCAGCCAGCAAAUCAACCACUGGGUGUCUAGCAGGAUGGACGGCCAGCCCUCGCCAAAGCUCCUAUCCACCACCCCAAGGGACGUGAUCAUCAUAUCUCGGGUCAUUAGAGCAACAAUACAUGCCUUGGAAGCUGAUACCUCUCCCAUUGCAAGUCCACACCCCAUCAACACUGAAGAAAUCGACUCCAUGGACGACACACCAUCAACACCACCAUCGAAGCCACCACCAUCCCACAACCACCCCAUGUUCCACGUCAUCUCCUCCACUAGCAAACGCGCCUUCUCAACCCUCCAAAACCGCAUCGACUCGGCCAUCUUCUACUCCUCCAGCCCUAAAUCCAUCCCUCUCCGCCUGCGCCGAGGCCUUCACCGUCCUCGAAACCCUCCGCUCGGCCGUCUUCCCAGCCCCAGGAUCCCCCCCUCCCAACCUCCCACCGUCCAUGACAACAAUCCCAACCCUCCCCCAAGUCCCCCGCUGGCUCCACGCAUUCACAGCACGCCCUUCAACGCCUUCUCCGACAGAACACAUGACUCGUCCGUUCCUGAGCUUCUUCAUUGA